UCUAGGGGUGGAGCCAGGCUGGCCCGAGCUUUCGGGUGGUUCCUUGCGCAGCGGCGUAGGGAAAGUAGCCGGAAACCAAGGCCAACUGGCGACGCCGAACGACACACGGGGAGAGCACGCAACAACCGCAGAACGCCGCCGCACCUUGCGGAUAACCAGCCAUGGCCAUUACGCCUACCCAGUUCGCCGUCAAGACGCGCCAGUCGGCCAAUUGGGAAGAUGCGAGACGCUUGGUGCUUUCCUCAUACCGAGCCUGGAUCCGAGGGGCGCCCGAGAUCCAGCAAAUGUAUUCGGUCCCCUACCCCAUCUCUACCAUCAGGACACGCAUAAGGCAGGAGUUUGAGCGCCACAGAUUUGUCAACAAGCUCUCCGUAGUGGAUGUCCUGAUCUUCCAGAGCCACGCCGACUACCAGGAAACCAUGAACUUCUGGCGCCAGACGGCACACAUUAUGGCAUUCUUCAAGGACGAGAACUUCAAGGGAGAGAAGAGACUACCAUCGAGCUUCAUUCAAGGCUUCUUAGAAGGACGCAAUUAGAAGUCGAGCUGGUACAUAACUGACUACACUCAAAUACCCUAUGUACAUAAAACAAUGAAAACGAGUUGCAGGAAGCAG